AUGCUGCCAAUUCUACUGGCCACAGCGCUCAGCACCGCAUUCCUCGUGCAAGCUCAAACCUUCACCAACCCCAUAAUCUACGAAGACUUCCCCGACAACGACAUCUCCCGCGGCCCAGACGGCUACUUCUACUUCUCAGCGUCAAGCUUCCACUACUCACCAGGCGCCCCAAUCCUCCGGUCCGCAGACCUCGUCAACUGGGAACUGAUUGCCCACUCCGUGCCAACCCUCGACUUCGGCCCCAACUACGACCUCCCGUCCGCAAAUGAAACAGCCUACAAUCUAGGCACCUGGGCGUCGACCCUCCGGUACCGCGAAAGCACCGAGCAGUGGUUCUGGAUCGGGUGUGCGAAUUUCUGGACGACGUACGUGUACACCGCGCCGGACGUCACGGGGCCCUGGGAGCAGGCGGCUAGCUUCCAACCGUGCUUCUAUGAUUGCGGGCUGCUUGUUGACGACGACGAUACGCUGUACGUCGCGUAUGGGAGCAACAACGUCAGCGUCGCGCAGCUGUCAGCUGACGGGCGGAGCGUCGUCACGACACAGGUAGUCUUCAGCACCCCGCCGGAAUGCGCGAGCAUCGAGGGCAACCGCAUGUACAAGAUCAACGGGACCUAUUAUAUCCUCGACGACUGUCCCAGCGACGGGAUCACCGAGGUGUGGAAGGCGGAUAGCCCCUUCGGGCCGUAUGAGCGGAGGAUCCUGGUUGAUAGUGGUUCGAUGGCGUCGCCGGUCCCGGGCACGGGGGUGCCGAUUCAGGGGAGUUUGGUGGAGGUCAAGGAGACGGGGGGUUGGUAUUUCAUGUCGUUUGCCUGGAAUUAUCCGCUUGGGCGCGUGCCGGUUCUCGCGCCGAUUACGUGGGACGAGGAUGGGUUUCCUGUGCUGGUGACCGUUAAUGGGUCUUGGGGGGUGUCGUAUCCGAGUCCGCUGCCGGAGACGGAGGAGGAGGUGCCGUCUUGGACGGGCGUGGAUGAUUUCGAGGGUCAAGUGUUGGGUCUAGCAUGGCAGUGGAACCACAACCCGGACACGACGAAGUUUACCCUCAACAACCCCGGCCUGACUCUGCGCACUGCCACCGUGACAAAUGACCUCUAUGCAGCAAGGAACACGCUUACACAUCGGAUCCACGGCGCAAAGCCCUACGGGACCGUCGAGCUGGAUUUCAGUAACAUGGCCGACGGCGACCACUGCGGCCUGGCGGCGCUCAAGGACGCAAGUGCAUGGAUUGGCGUGGUCCGCAAUGGCACAGAGUACUAUCUUGCUGCUGCGCAUGGCCUGAUGAUGGGACAGUACGGGGGCACGACAAGCACUGGGACGAUUGUAGCGACGGCGCCAAUCGCUCAGACCAAGGUGUGGCUGAAGGUGAGCAUGGAUGCUGGGGCAGUCGGGUCUCAUGAGGCGAGGUUCUCGUAUAGCUUGGAUGGGACCGACUUUACGGAGUUGGGGGGUGUUUAUACACUUACUACGGACUAUCUGUUCUUUAUGGGAUAUCGAUAUGGGAUUUUCAACUUUGCGACCAAGGCUCUUGGGGGUUCUGUUGAUGUGAUUAGCUUUGCUAGUGAGGAGUCUAGCUAG